AUGCCGCCACGCGGGCGGCGAUCUAACCCUAAAGCGUCUCCUGCGAGGCCUUCACGCAGUCGCGUCGUGAAGGAAGAGCCCGAGACGCCCAGGACAGAAAUCGACGAGGACGAGCAGAUGGACGACGAGGACGAGCCGGGCCCAUCGCGUAGCGGCAGCUCACGCAAGCCCAGAGGCGGCAAGCGGCGAAUCAAGACCGAGUCGGACUCGGACGACGAGGUCGUUUCCAAAUCUCAUCGUAGACGGAGCACCAAGCAGGUGUCGUACAGAGAAGUCCCAGUCGAGGAGGCGCCGCCUGAGGAAUCGGAUGACGACGAUGACGAUGACGAUGACGACGAUGACGAGGAUGACGAGCCCGUUGUUUCUACCCCGCGCCGCCGUGGGCGCCCACCAAAGGACAAGGAUGGCGGUGACAAACCGUACAAACGCGAGCCGGGAACAGGCAGCGGUCGGGGCGGGUUCAGUAUCAAAGGCGCAGCCGCCGCCGCGGCUCGUGCGCGCUGGGACAAAGUGCGCAGAGAAAAAGCGGAGCGGGGCGAGGACCCCGACGCGCCGAAGCAGCGCACGUCGGCCCCGAUCAAGAAGGACCCCCGCGGCGCGCUCGAGAACGUCAUCAAGGGCCAGGUAUAUACGAUCAAGGGCCUCGAGUACACAGCCGGCGAGGACGAGCUCAUCCUCCCUGAGAACGAGAAGGGCAACACAAAGGUGGACGGCGACGGGCGCCUGCUCGGAGGACGCGAGUAUAAGCUUGUGACAUUCGCGUCGGCGUCGCGCGGUAACCCCAACCGUGUGUACGCGUUGACCAUUGACGCUGCGCGUGCGUGCGGAUACACCGACUCACUGGCGUUCCUGCGCCGCUGCCCCCAGCUCGUCAAGUUGUCCUGCAACCCGGACGAGCGUGAGAUGCUCAUCAACGUGGGUCGUAUCACAGGCAACCUCAAGCACCGCGCGGUGACCAUGGUUGCCAUGCGCAACGUGUUCAAGCUCAUGGGCGCUCGGUUAGUCAAGAACGGCAAAUGGGUCGACGACGACUACGAUGAGGAGCGCGGCCUUGCGGACUGUGAGACGAACGGGUGGACACCCCACGGGCCAGUGCUUGACGAGGAAUUGGCUGUGAACCAGUACCCAUCCGCCGGUGGGCCAGGACGCCCGGCGGCGAAUGCGGGCGUCCUGGCCGACGCGAUGGCGAGCAAGUCGUCGAUCGGGUCGUGGUACAACGUCGGAGGGUUCACGACGCAGUUUGGCGGUAACGGCGGGGACCCCUGGAGCGACCACCACGCGAAGCGCGGCAAGUUGCGCCAGCUAGGUGUGACGGAGGAAGACUGGAUCCUGCGCACCGCCGAGGACGCUCGGCGCAUCGACGAGACGCUGCGCGGAUACCGCGAGGAGCGCCUGAAUGCUCUGGAGGGCGACGACGCGCUGCGCGGGUGGUUCUAUGUCUCGGAGCAGCGGUCGUCCGGCGAGAUUAAGGAGGAGAAGGAGGAGCCCAAGCACCCACUCGCGAACGAGAUCACGGCUGAGCCACCAAGCGAGCCGCUAAGUCCUGCGCCGCCUGAGAACCCCACGUCCGAGGCGCUCGGGGAGCUCAACAAACAAUCUGAUGCGCACAAGACUCCCGGAGGCCGGAUCGUGUUCGAGACGGACUGCGAGACUAAGUACGGGCGGCUCAACAUGGACAAGUGGGUCCCAGGGACUGUGUAUGCUGCCUACGAGCCCCACACGCAGAUGCCGCAUGUGCCACUGCGGACGCAGCCGACUUCGGCACAUGAGGACCGCAUCUCGUUCGAGCCAUGGAUUGGGCUGGACGGGACAGCCAAACCGAUGACUAUCCCGGGCUUCUCGUCUGUUGAGGUCGUCUUCGAUCCCUCAGCCCCGGCCGACGAGUCGUUCCUGGCCUUCGGCGACGGCAUCCGCGGACCGGACGCGCUCAGGCGGCGUCGCGCGCUGAUUGAGGAAGCCGAGGUGUGGGAGCGGGAAGCGCGGGCCAAGCGCCGCCGCUCGACUGCCGCCUCGGCUACACCUGCGUCUUAA